AAUGUAAAAGUUUUUCCAGUGAUACAAAAUAUAAGAAUCUGAGUUUGUUUUUCAAGGAUCACUAAAUUUUAGUAAUGAUUAUAUCACAUUUUCCAAAACGUGUGGCCAUUUCUGCUCUCUUUGUCCUGAGUGUUGGUGCACUGGACACUUUUAUUGCUGCAGUGUAUGAGCAUGCUGUUAUCUUACCAAACAGAACAGAAACACCUGUUUCAAAAGAAGAAGCUUUAUUCCUGAUGAACAAGAAUAUAGAUGUUUUGGAGAAAGCAGUCAAGCUGGCAGCCAAGCAAGGUGCACAUAUCAUUGUGACCCCAGAAGAUGGAAUCUAUGGUUGGGUAUUCACCAGGGAGAGCAUUUACCCUUAUCUGGAGGAUAUACCAGACUCUGAAGUGAACUGGAUUCCAUAUAGAGAUCCUCAAAGAAAUCACUAAAAUACAAGUUUGAGGCAAUAUCUGUUGAAUUAGGUUUGGCUACACACCAGUGCAAGAAAGACUCAGCUGCCUGGCCAAGGACAACUCCAUCUAUGUUGUGGCAAAUAUUGGGGACAAGAAGCCAUGCAACGCCAGUGACCCUCAGUGUCCUCCUGAUGGUCGUUACCAAUACAACACGGAUGUGGUGUUUGAUUCUGAGGGUAGGCUGGUGGCACGCUACCAUAAGUACAAUCUUUUUGCACCUGAAAUUCAAUUUGAUUUCCCCAAAACAUCAGAAGUUGUGACUUUUGACACUCCCUUUGGGAAGUUUGGAAUUUUCACUUGCUUUGACAUUUUUUCUCAUGACCCAGCUGUGGUGGUGGUGGACAAGUUUCAAGUCGACAGUGUUAUCUACCCCACAGCGUGGUACAACACGCUGCCCCUUCUCUCGGCUGUUCCAUUCCAUUCUGCGUGGGCCAGAGCCAUGGGAGUCAAUCUGCUUGCUGCAAAUACCCACAACACCAGCAUGCACAUGACAGGGAGUGGUAUCUAUGCCCCAGAAGCAGUCAAGGUAUAUCACUAUGACAUGGAAACAGAGAGUGGUCAGCUGAUGCUCUCAGAAUUGAAGUCUCAGCCUCGCCGUGAACCCACCUAUCCUGCAGUUGUUGACUGGGGUGCAUAUGCUGAAAGUAUUAAGCCAUUCUCCUCUGAACAGUCACAUUUUCCAGGGAUGAUUUAUUUUGAUGAGUUCACCUUCACUGAGCUUAAGAGAAACACAGGAAAUUACACAGUGUGCCAGAAAGACCUGUGUUGUCACUUGACUUACAAGAUGUCUGAGAAGCGAACAGAUGAGGUCUAUGCACUAGGUGCUUUUGAUGGACUGCACACAGUAGAAGGCCAAUAUUACUUACAGGUGUGCACAUUACUGAAGUGUCAAACCACUGACCUGACAACUUGUGGGCAGCCGGUGGGGUCAGCUUUUACCAAGUUUGAAGAAUUCUCCCUCAGUGGCACGUUUGGAACCAGUUAUGUUUUCCCACAGCUCAUUCUAAGUGGGAGUCAGCUUGCCCCUGAAAGACAUUAUGAGGUUUCAAGAGAUGGACGUUUAAGGAGCCGAAGUGGAGCCCUUUUGCCUGUCUUAGUUAUGGCUCUGUAUGGAAGAGUGUUUGAGAAGGACCCUCCACGCUUAGGGCAGGGACCUGGGAAAUUACAAUGAUCUCCUUCACCAGGGUCCUUUUGGGAUUAGCCUGGCACAGAGAGGGAGAAAAAAAAGAAAGCCCUUAGUGUCUGUUUAGAAGAGAUGUCGUAAACUUAAUGAAACAAUGAAUAAAUUUAAGAAAAGAAAAGCAA